GAGGCCAAGGUGUAUUCUGAGAGGAAGCUAAAAAAAGUUCAGCAUGGAGCUGUGUGUUCGAUUUUUUCUCUGUCUCUUGUUUGGAUUGUCAGCAGCUCAGUGGAAGUGGAACCAGUUUGGAAACCAGGGACCACAGGAGACCAGAGUCCAGGAACCAGCAGAUCCCCUACAGGAGACGCAGUCCUUCCAUGAACCGUUAACCUGGCGGUUUCCAACGCCGCCCCCGGAGGACGAGCCUCACUUCCCUCCAGAGUUCGAGCUGAAGAUCCCAACAGCAGCCGACAGCGUCAGCGCCGUCUGUGGGGAGACCUCUGUCCGUGUGGAGGCCAAAAAAGACCUGCUGGGCAUCGGGAAACCUGUCCUGACUUCAGACGUGACGCUAGGAGGAUGUCCGGCCACAGGAGAGGACGCUGGCGCUCAGGUCCUGAUCUUUGAGUCGGAGCUGCACGGAUGUGGGAGCCAGCUGAUGAUGACUGAGGACUUGUUCAUCUACGCCUUCACGCUGCAUUACACCCCCACUCCUCUGGGAGACGCUCGGAUCAUCCAAACCGGAGACGUGUCAGUCAGCAUCCAGUGUCAAUACCAGAGGAAACACGAUGUGAGCAGCGACGUGUUUAAGCCGACCUGGACGCCAUUCAGCACCACCAAAGCUUCAGAGGAAAACCUCUACUUCGACUUCAGAAUCAUGACUGACGAUUGGCAGUUCGCGCGCCCGUCCUUUCACUUCCUGCUGGGAGACAUGAUGAAGUUUGAAGUUUCGGUCAAACAGUUUCAUCACGCUCCUCUCAGAGUGAUGGUCGACAACUGCGUGGCCACCGUCGUCCCGAACAUCGACACGGUCCCUCGAUACUCCUUCCUUGGAAACGACGGGUGCCUGUUUGACAGCCAGCUAACUGGCUCCAGCUCUCAGUUCCUUCCUCGGUCUCAGGACGACAGACUGCAGUUUGAGUUGGAGGCAUUCAGGUUCCAGCAGGACGACAGCGGCAUGAUGUACAUCACCUGCAGUGUGAGAGCCACAGCAGCGUCUGCAGCUCUUCAUGCAACAAACAAGGCCUGCUCAUUCUCCAACGGGUGGAGGGAGGCCAGUGGCAGGCAUGACGCGUGUACCUGCUGUGAUACAGACUGUGGAGCACGAGGCCGGAGUCAACCGACAGGAGGAGGUACUCUGUGGCAGCAUGAAACAGCUGUUGGUCCAAUCAAAGUGGAGGACAGACUUCAACGGUGAAAAAACAACCCAGAAACUUUUUUACUAAAUAAAUGAACGAGACUCCUCUCAUAUU